UGGGGCUCUCGAACCUAAGAUUAUUUUGUUUACAAGAACUCUUCUCUAUUGCAGUAGCAUUGCUUUCUUCACAUUUAUAAUAACAUCUCACUAUCAGAAGAGUAUUUCUUGACGGGCUUGGUCUUCUUGAAAAUGUGUGGUGCAACCGAAGCGAAUGAAAUUACCAAUUCUCUUAUCACCUAUCCUCUUAUCCUUUUGAAGUGCUAAACUGACCGAGACCAAAGGAGAUGGUUGCACAGUCGGACUGCUGACGUUUCUACUCAACUUUACCUUAGCAGGCGGCGGAACGUACUAACUACAAGUGGCUGUGGGGCCGCGCUGGUUUCCCUGAAAUCGCUGGCGUUGAUUGGGCGGUACAGCAGUCUCUACAUUACUCGUUCAGUGCGCCAGAGUGCACACUGGUUGGAGCCGGAGAGUGUCCCUUAUUACACUUAAAUGGAGGAACGGCCCAGCGAUCGGGCACACGAAAAACGCUAUCACCAUGGAGGAGAGAGGAGCUCAAGCCGCACAAAAACAUCGCUGAAAAAUGAUCCAAGCCAGUGCCAGCACCAGGAAACGCAGACGAAGAAAACAGGCAAUGGAAGAAUAAACGGAAGUGCUGUGGAGAGGGAGUGUGCCACGCGUCCUGCCAGCGAUUCCGUGGGCGUCGCCUAUUCCGCCAACGCCAAUGGCCACCAGGCGCAGCUAGACGCCGCCUGGAAGCCGAAGCAGUCCGGGAGGGCCCCGCCCGCCAUCUCUAAGCCGGGGAGCAGAGGCGGCGUCGGCUACCGGAACGGCAUCAUGGGCAGCCGGAACGACCGCUCGCCCGACCUCCUCGCCCCCGAGGGCAAGAAGGAGCCCGCGCCUCUCCCGAACGGGGUGUCCGUGCCCCUGGGCUUCUUCACGAACGGUUACCCCGGCAACAAGCCGCCGCCGGCCCCCGACAACGACGGCAGCGGCUCGGAGAGCGGAUACGCCACGCCCAGAAAGCGCAAGCCCCUGCGCAGCGGCGCCGGCGGCAAGGGGGCGGAGUCUGGCGCCCAGCCCCCGCCCGAGGCCCCCGAGUCCCCCGCCCCCGAGCCCACGGAGAAGCCGCCGGGCCCCGCCUCCAGGGCGGAGGCGCGGACGAACAAGCAGGCGCCUGUCUCCGCGGCGACGCCCGUCACCAUGGCGAUACCGCCGCCGCCCACGGGGGCGUGCGAGCCGCAGCGAAGGAACUUUGACGGCAAGGCCGCCGGCGCCUUCGGCAGGAAGCAGGACGACCGGCCCGGCAAGGCCAAGUCCGGCCCCGUGGUCACGGCGACGGCCAAGGAGAGGGAGGACUCUUGGACCCUGUUCAAGCCCCCGCCCGUCUUUCCUGUGGACAACAGCAGCGCCAAGAUUGUGCCCAAGAUCAGUUAUGCAAGCAAAGUCAAGGAGAAUCUCAACAGGGCCGGAGGGGAGGUCCCGCCUCCGUCCGGCCCCCAGUCGGCCCCGCCCCAGGCCCCCGGGCGGCCCGCGCAGGUCCCCAUGUCCGCGAUGAAGACCAUCACCUCCUCCGGCUUCGCCAACGGCGCGCUCUGCUCCGCGGAGGGCCACGCCUACUCCCUGACCGGGACCCUGUUUGCCAGUACUGUACCCCCGGAGAAUGUAGCGCCCCCCGCGGACGAGGGCGGAGGCGUGCUGGACGGCGCGGUGGCCGAGCCGAGGAAGCCCAGUCUUUUCGUUUACCCCCUUGCCCCGUCCUCUUCUAAUAUGCAACUCGCCCUCCCCAGCGGCAGGCAGGCCGACCCGCCCGUCACCGCCCCCCACCCGGCCCCCGCCCCUGGCUCCGACCCCUCCUCCGCCCCCGCCAAUCAGAAAGCCCUGGGGGACAUCUUCCAGAACCAGUGGGGCCUGUCCUUCAUCAACGACCCCAGUGCGGGGCCGGAGGGGGGCGCCGUCGGGGCUGGGGCGGAGCGCGUCCCGGGAACGGGGGCGGUAGCGGAGGUGACCUUCCAGGGGGACUGUCCCGUCGCCCCGCCUGCCCCCCGCGAGGCGUCCGAAGCCGCGCCCCCCCCGCCGAAAGCCCACGAGUCGGAAAAACGGACUAGCCCCCAAACCCAUAGCAGUGUUUUAAAAGCGGGCCCUCCCCCGGCCCCGCCCCCUCUGAGGGAGGGCGGGCCCCAGGCGCCCGGGCCGGACGGACAGAGGGACGCCGCCGAGGCUCGGAAUCUCGGUGCAAUAGUGUUCGCUUCCCCUAAAGACCCCCCCGCCCCGGCUGAGCCCCUCGGGGCGUCGCCCACCAAUGGCGCGCCCCUGCUCCGAGGCCCCGCCCACCCCAAGGGCCUGGAGAGGAGGUGUAGCUGGGGGUCCUUUGAUCUCAAAGCUGCUGUUAGUUAUCACACUAAAGAAAUGGAGUGUGUCUUGAAUCUGCAAAAACAAGAUCCAAAAAGAGUUGUCCUUUACGGGGAGACCAAGGACGGGCCCAAUCAAUGAAGGCAGGAGUAAGAUGGAGGAGUCGCUACACUGUGGGGCGGAGCCAUCCUGACAGUCGCUGUUCACUCCUUUCAACAAACCAAUCAAAGUCCAAUCUUAUCGAUUUCAGACUCAAAUCCAAAGUCCUCGCUCGAGCAGCGGGGCGUGAAAGAGAGCGGUGGCAUUAGAGACUGCCCCACUGGGGUUCCAGAGAACCGAAAGGGUAUCGGGAGGUUGGCUGGAAGGGAGAGAGAAUCCUGUCUGCAGUUUUUUUGAACAGUGGGGGCCAGGGGCGGUUGUGGAUCAGUGGCCAGAUCGGCACGACGGCUCUCGGCUUGUCGAAAGACGGCAAAGGCAGUGCCGACGACCUGCCCUGGUGCAGAAGAGGACUUGCCCCCCCCCCCCCCCCAGACAGUGAGGACGGUGCGUGACUAUCGGGACUCCGAACGCCGCACUUCCUGCGAAAACGGACACUGGCCUCCUGGUAGCCGCUGGGGGUGGGAGGGGUAAGGACUCAGGGGUUAGAUAAGUGGGGACGGCCGAGGUCAGUGGGGUGCUAGCUUUGCUCCUGUCUCCAGAGAGGAGGAGGAAGAGGAGGAGGAGGAGAUGAUGACGAGAUCAUGGCCAUUAUGGGAUGCCUCCAUCACGUCUUUAUGAAUUCGAGUUAGCUGUCUAUAUCCGCGCUUCGCUUCACGCAUCGAUAUACCUGAGCAAAUUUGAAUCCAUAAACGAAAGAGUACAUUUGCUAUGAACUUCCUAUUUUUUUUCCUUGAAAGGUUGCCUUGAAAACUGUACAAAUGAGGAGAAAUAUAAAAAAUAACUAAUAAAAAAGAAAACUUAAAGACGGACAGAGGAACUGGGAGUUCUGCCUAGGCACAGGUAAACUAGAACACAAGUUAUAAAUACGACGGACUGUCAGGCCUUGGGGGAACAGUUGUCUUAACUUUAUUUCGCGGGGAGAAAAAGAGGAUCGUGCUGUACAUCAAGAGUUGUGCUGGACGGCGAUGCUUCCUGUUUUUUUUUGGGGGGGGGGGGG